CGCUGCGGGACCUCAGUCGCCUCCUCGUCCGACCAAACUGCGGAUCUCACCGGGGGACUGAAUCAGCGCUCACUGGGGGGUCACGAUGGUGAAAAUAACGACGGUGAAGACCAAGCCGUACUCCGACCAGAAGCCCGGGACGAGCGGCCUGAGGAAGCGGGUGACCGUGUUCCAGCAGAACCAGCACUAUGCGGAGAACUUCAUCCAGAGCAUUAUUUCUGUCAUCGAGCCUGCCGAGCGCCAGGCGGCCACUGUGGUGGUGGGAGGAGACGGCAGGUUCUUCAUGAAAGACGCCAUUCAGCUGAUCGUCCAGAUCGCUGCUGCCAACGGGAUUAAUCACCUGGUCAUCGGUCAGAAUGGCAUCAUGUCCACCCCUGCGGUCUCCUGUGUGAUCCGCAAGAUCAAGGCAGUCGGUGGCAUCAUCCUCACAGCCAGCCACAACCCCGGCGGACCCAAUGGAGACUUUGGCAUAAAGUACAACAUCUCCAGUGGAGGACCUGCUCCAGAGGGCAUCACUAACAAAAUCUUUGAAAUCAGCAAAGGCCUGCAGGAGUAUCACAUCUGUCCAGAGCUGAAAGUGGAUCUGUCCAAGAUCGGCAAGCAGACCUUUGAAGUGGACACUUUCAAGCCCUUCACAGUGGAGAUUGUGGACUCUGUGGAGGCCUAUGCUGAGAUGCUAAGGGGCAUCUUUGACUUUGCUGCAUUGAAGGAGCUUCUCUCUGGACCGAGUCACAUCAAUGUCCGUCUGGACGCCAUGCACGGAGUGGUUGGUCCGUAUGUGAAGAAGAUUGUCUGUGAAGAGCUGGGUUCUCCAGCCAAUUCAGCAGUCAACUGUGUCCCCCAGGAAGACUUCGGGGGCCAUCACCCCGACCCCAACUUGACGUAUGCUGCAGACCUGGUCAACACCAUGAAAGGAGGAGAAUAUGAUUUUGGAGCUGCUUUUGAUGGUGAUGGUGAUCGUAAUAUGGUGCUGGGUAAACAUGGCUUCUUCGUGAACCCUUCAGACUCGGUGGCUGUCAUCGCUGCCAACAUCACCAACAUCCCUUACUUCCAGAAAACCGGAGUCAAAGGCCUGGCUCGCAGUAUGCCCACUAGUGGAGCCCUGGACAAUGUAGCUAAAGCUCUGCAGAUGCAGCUGUACGAAACUCCAACUGGCUGGAAGUUCUUUGGGAAUCUGAUGGAUGCUGGCAAACUGUCGCUGUGCGGUGAGGAGAGCUUCGGCACCGGCUCCGAUCACAUCCGUGAGAAGGACGGCCUUUGGGCAGUUCUUGCGUGGCUGUCAAUCUUAGCCACCAGGAAACAGAGCGUGGAGGAUAUUAUGAAGGAUCACUGGCAGAAGUUUGGCAGGAACUUCUUCACCAGGUAUGACUACGAGGAGGUUGACUCAGACGCUGCAAACAAGAUGAUAAAGGACCUGGAGACUGCAAUGUUUGACCCAUCAUUUGUAGGAAAGAAGUUCUCCUCAGGUGAUAAAAGUUAUGAGGUGUCUCUCUCCGACAACUUCGCUUACACAGACCCUGUGGACGGAAGUGUGUCCAAGAACCAGGGUCUCAGGAUCAUCUUCUCUGACGGUUCUAGGAUUAUUUUCCGUCUCAGCGGUACAGGCAGCGCAGGAGCAACCAUCAGGCUCUACAUUGACAGCUAUGAAAAGGACCCCCAGAAGAUUUACCAGGACCCACAGGUGAUGCUGGCUCCUCUGGUGGACAUCGCCCUGAGGGUCUCUCAGCUCCAUGAGAGGACUGGACGCUCCGGCCCCACUGUGAUCACAUGAUCCCUCAUCCACGCUGCCUCCGCUCCCCCUCAGCAACGCGAUACCUCUGCUCUCUCGGGGGUGACACUGCCCUACGGCGCUGUCAUGGCUUCAGUUGUUGGCCCUCUUUAGAAACUGCGCUGGAUUAACCUGAAAAUCAAAUUGGAGAAGUGGCUGUACUGAGCAUAUAUCAGUAAUUCUGGUCAUCCUCGUCCUCCUCCAUCCAUGUCCCCCCUCAGCGACCCGGUGCCUUUCCCUCCCUGUGCUACCAAAACUGCCACUUUACUUGAACCGUGAGCCCACAGCUAAAGCCUUGACAAGUAACACAUCCACAGUAAAUAAAAGAACUUAUAAAAUC